AUGCUUCAUUCGCUCGGCUUUUGCACAGUCAACAACCGACCAGUUAAGAAAUAUAAGGGGCAGACCCCGGAUAGCUCCUCGCACCCCAGCCGGCCGUCCUUCGAUGAGGACGCCGCCGCGCUGGAAACUGCAAUUCAGGAGGCACCGAGAGACCACAGUACUGCGAAGAGACAUGCCCUCAUACGUGAUGGCUAUAGGUGUCUGAUCACGGGGCGAUAUGACCGCGCGGCGGAAAAGAAGCUUGAUAUUACGCCGGAAGAGCUUGUCGCAUACGGCGGCCUCAUUGCCACCCAAUGCGCUCACAUCAUCCCCAUCCCUGCCUCCACGCAUUUCGACGUCAACAUUACUAGGAAACCGACCCCAGCAAAUAUAGCAAAUCCUGCCUCGGGGCCAAUACACGUAGGGUUAUCCAUGCUCGGAGAGAAUACCACGACCUUCAAAGCUUUGUCAGACAAUUAG